GGAAAAGAAGAAGGGAGGAGGCGGCAGCAGCAGCCGGGGCAGCGCUCGGUGUCGCCGAGCGCCCAUGCACGGCAGGCCGCGGCCGCGGCUCUGGCAGGCCCGGCGGGAGGCCCGGCCAUGCACUGCCAGGCGCAGGCCCGGGCCAAGGCAAGCAGGAGGCGCUACAAGACCUUUAUGAUCGACGAGAUCCUCUCCAAGGAGACCUGCGAUUACUUCGAGAAACUUUCCCUCUACUCCGUCUGUCCGUCCCUCCUGGUCAGGCCAAAGCCGCUGCACUCCUGUGCCGGUUCCCCUUCUCUGAGGACGUAUCCUCUCAUCUCCGUCAUCACCAGGCAGCCCUCCGUGGUCCCUCACCUGGUCCCGGCUGCCAGCGGCUCGCGCGUGCUGCCGGCGCAGCCCUGCUCGGGCGGCGGCAGCUCGGAGCCCGCAGCCGGCGAGACCCACGGCAGCAGCGAGUCGGAGGCCGAGCAGCCGGCGCCUCGCCUCAAGAAGCCGCGCCGCAGCAGGACCAUCUUCACCGAGCUCCAGCUGAUGGGCUUGGAGAAGAAGUUCCAGAAGCAGAAGUAUCUCUCCACCCCUGACAGGCUCGACCUAGCCCAGUCAUUGGGGCUGACUCAGCUGCAGGUGAAGACGUGGUACCAGAACCGUCGGAUGAAGUGGAAGAAAAUGGUGCUGAAGGGUGGCCAGGAAGCUCCAACGAAGCCCAAAGGCCGUCCAAAGAAAAACUCCAUUCCCACCUUGGAGGAAAUCGAAGCAGAAGAGAAAAUGAACAGCGAGGCUCAGAGUCAGGAGCUGGAGGGAUCUCAAACUCCUGAGGAACCUAAAGUGACAGAGGAGAAGCCAGAAGUCCCUUUGGAGACAGAGAAGUCUCCAGAACAUAUAGCAGAGCCCUGUCCAGAGGAAACUACGCCACUGAGUUAAAAGGGAAAGGAAGGAGGGGGAAAAGAAAAGCAAAAAGCAAAGAUAAAAACCAAAACCAAAUCUAUAUAUGUGUAUAUAUAUAUAUUUAAAUAUGUAUGUAAUGGUGGCUUUGUACAUAUAUAUAUAAAUAUAUAUAUAUAUAUAUGUAGAGCUUGUGUAGAAGUCUAAAGAUGGUCACAUUGUGCCUUUGGGAAUCAGCCAUCAUGGGCCGUGGUGGAGCAAAGAGGUGUGAGUGGUGAUGAGCUGUCCCUCCUAGGGUGUGUCUGAGCUUCCUGCAGGUAGUGACAGACACCUGGGUCUGUCUCCAGAGAAAAGCCAAUGUCUAGAAAGCCAAGAGAGCUCCUGGCAAAGAAAGGAGUCGUCCAGGGCUCCUUUCGUGCUAUGGGAAGCAGAUGGGACUGCUGGCAGGUUCAGUGUGCGUGCUUGAAUUGAUGCUUUGAGUGGCUACUCACAGAUGAGGGACAGCUGGCACCUGGGGAGCUCUGAAAGCACAAAAUCAUCCUCUAACCAGCACUAAUUUCUGUUAGGGAUGGGCCCAGCUGAAACAAUCUUAGGAAGGGGUUGG